GGGGCGGGGCGCGACGCCGGCCGUGACGGCAUCAGACAGAGACGGGGCGGCCUGAGGGGCGGCGGGACGAGGCGGAGCCCAUUCCCCUCUCUGCUGUCAGGUUGCUGCUGCUGCGGAAAUGGGGGAGUACGGAAUCGCGCCCGGGCAGCGUGUGGCCGUCGUCUGGGACAACUCCUCGCCUGUUGAAGCCCUGAAGGAUUUAGUGGAUAAAAUUCAGGCUCUGGUGGGAGCUGAUAACCGUGUCUCUGUGGAAAACGUUGACAAACUGUCUCAGUCGGCUCACAGGGAGUCCAGUUUCGAUGUGGUUCUCUCUGGCCUGGUACCAGGCAGCACAGCACAGCACAGUGCAGAGGUGCUGGCAGAAAUUGCACGCAUACUGAAGCCAGGGGGCCGUGUCCUGCUGAAGGAACCAGUGGUUACAGAACCAGGAAACAAUGGCAGAAUCAAGACAGCAGCCAAACUCCCCACAGCUCUGACUCUCUCUGGGCUGGUGGAUGUGAAGGAGCUCCAAAAGGAUGCCUUGACCCCAGAGGAGGCCCAGUCAGUCCGAGAGCAUUUGGGUUACCAAGGCAAUGACCUUCUCAUUGUUCAGCUAGAAGGCAGGAAGCCCAAUUUCGAAGUAGGAUCCUCAAGUCAGCUCAAACUUUCCUUUGCCAAGAAACCUGGUUCUUCAGGAAAACCCUCUGUGGACCCAGCCACUGCCAAGCUGUGGACACUCUCUGCAAAUGAUAUGAAUGAUGAAGAGGAUCUGCUGGACUCUGAUGAGCUGUUGGAUUCAGAGGAUUUAAAGAAGCCAGAUCCAUCUUCCCUCAGAGCUCCAUCCUGCAAAGAAAUGGGCAAAAAGAAAGCCUGCAAGAACUGCACAUGUGGCCUGGCUGAAGAGCUGGAGCAGGAGAAGAAGAGCUCACAGCCCAAAUCUGCCUGUGGAAAUUGCUACCUGGGGGAUGCAUUCCGCUGUGCCAGCUGCCCUUACCUGGGCAUGCCUGCCUUCAAGCCUGGUGAGAAGAUCCUCCUGAAGGAGAACCAGCUGCAUGAUGCCUAACAAAGACACCUCUGGAUGUCCUGUGAAGGACUCCUCUGCUUUCCCAUCAGUCUGAGGUUCUUCCUGCAGUCCUUCUCAUCCUCUGGUGCUCUCCAGCCAGAAUCCCCGUGGGGAGGGACACUGUGGGCACUGACACUGCUGGGAGCUCACUGUUUGUAAUCAGCCUUGGGCUGCCUCAUAACCUUUGGUGACAAGUGGUCUCAUAACUAUUAGACUUUGUGUUAUGCCUUGUUUUAGCUGACUUGACUUGAUACCAGGGCUCUGGCCAUCACAGUGUGUCCAGUGGGCAGAGGGGAGGAGAAUCAACUGUCAGGUUGCCCUCCUCUGUGUGUGUGUGUGGCAGAACCUGCCCUGUCCCAUGCCCACGAUGUCAUACAGCUCUCAUUUGCCCUGGUUUUCCCUGCUUGAUCAGCAGCUCGAGCUUAGCUCAGAGGGUGACACUGGUCUCCUGCUCUCUUUGAAAUCUGAACUGCCCUUCCUUCCCCUCUGCAGGUGGCUCAGCAGCUCCUGUCACAAGCUGGGAGCAGGGAGUACGCUUAGCAGUGUGUGCUCUUCCCAGCACACCUGAACUCUUAAGUCUGCCAGGCAUGAUGCAUUUCCAAGUGUUUUGGGAGCUUGCCCAUGAGAUCCCCUGCCCCCACCUAUUUCCAUCAAAAUGACAAAGAGUCUGUCCCACUGAGAAAUCUCCUGCCCUUAAGGCAGGGAGCAGUUUCAGCAACAUCUAUCUUUGUCCCCCCACACCUGAGACUGGUUCUCCUGGUGGUUACCAAGUGAGUUUCCUGCAGUGCUCAAUAGAAGUAAGAACAAAGCAAUAACUCCAUUUCUAGAUGAUCUUCCUGCUCCUGCUUCACAAGAUACUGACUGCUCUUUAUUUAUGUGCCUAAUUACUGCUAGUGAGACAUCCACAGGGGUGUGGGAUGAGGGAGCUGUUUGUGUUCUGUGCCAGGUUGGCUCCUCAGCCUGGCAGGGAACAGAGGACACCCAAAGGCAGUGAUUGCUUGGUUUGGAGCUCUUGCUCUGCAGGAUGUGGCUGCUGCUUGUUGUGCCACUUGGGUGACAGUAAACUCACAGAGGGGAGCUGGGGUGGAAGGCUGUUCUGUCCUUGAAAUAAAAGUGAUCAAUAGUAAAAC